AGUGGCUGUUUGGCUUUCGUCAGGUGAGAUCCUCUGCGUCGAUUGAUCUUCCCAUAACGCGCCGGCAUUUUCCGGAUUUUCCCGCUUUUCAUCUUCAUUUUCUGGCCGGAAAUUUAUGGUUCGAAAACAGUCGUUUUUCCGGGAGAAAAUUCGAAAAUAGAGGAGUCAACUGUUGAGGAUAUCUCUCACAAUUCUCAUCUCCACAGACAGAAGCAACAGCAACGCAAAUUGCUCCACAGUUGCUCUCUAAUCGCUUCACAAUGAUAACGAGACUGAAAAGUUGAUCGACAGUCGCACAAUUAUCGACUGUUGACUAUUGACUAUCGACUAUCGAAUAUCGAAUGUCGACUAUCGAUCAUUGUUCAAAACUACAACUACUGUUGAAUCGCUAUAGCUGUACUAUAGACUAGCACCUGUUACCAACUGAUCAAUCUACAAUUGCCACCAAAUGGAUUACCAGGAUUAUACAACGCAGGUGAUCUACACAGCCAGCACCGGUGCGACCGGUGAACCGAGCCGGAACGAGCUUCGCUACUCAGUCGUGCUGACUGUGGUGUUCUGCGUGGCCUAUCUGCUGGUUUUCUGCGUCGGCGUUGUUGGCAACUUCGCCGUGGUGGCUGUGGUGUGUCGCAGUCCGCGCAUGCGCACACCCACCAAUCUGUUCAUUGCCAACUUGGCAUGCGCAGAUUUGCUUGUGAACAUCAUCUGUCUGCCCUUCACUCUAAUCAGCAACAUUAUGACAGGCAAUUCACUGUCAUCAUGGUACAUUCUGGAUAAAGCAUCAGCUAUGCAAUUAUCUUUUCCCGCUACAUGCUGUGUUGUGAACUGA